ACCUGCCCUUUGGGAACACAUAUACGUGCACACUGCGUUUGGGACAACCUCACCCCUGACAUGUGGUGACGGUGGAGCAUGUUUGCUGCUCCCUGAGCCUCCGAUCCUCACUUCCUCCGUCUGGUGGUCGAGGACACCCGUCUCAGUCAAUGGGCCCUACAUGGAUUUUACGCUUGAGUUGACGCUGCCAUGAACCCAUACGGCAGAGCGAGCACCAAAGCAGCCCCCCCGGCCUGCACCAGCUGCGGGGGCUGCUGCUCACCACCUCCCCCUUGCCUCAUUCCCCCUGGACCCCCGUCCUCCACCAACUCCACCUCCUCCAUGCCCCCAAACAUGACCCCACCUCCGCCAAUGUCUCCCGCCCCAGUUGUGCGGGUGGAGAAUGGCAACAGCUGGAACUCCUCCACUCUUUCCUCCUUCGACUCCCCAGACUCCCAUCCCGGUCAUCGCUGUGGGGCCAACAACCCCAACACUUACUGGACGGCGGUGUUUGACUACGAGGCCACAGCAGACGAGGAGCUGACCCUGCGUCGUGGGGACCUCCUUGAGGUCCUUUCCAAAGACUCCAAAGUGUCGGGGGACGAGGGUUGGUGGACAGGAAAGAUCCAGGACAAGGUCGGUAUCUUUCCAAGCAACUAUGUCACUAAAGGAGAUACUGCCAAUUACCAGCAGCUGACUGCUGGAGGGCUGGUGGCAGGAGGCGUGGGAGAUUCCCCUGUAGAGAUUAACUUCUCUGAACUGCACCUGGAGGAAGUGAUAGGAGCCGGUGGGUUUGGGAAGGUGUACAAAGGAGGGUGGAGGGGAGAAGAAGUAGCUGUGAAGGCUGCCCGGCAGGAUCCAGAUGAGGAUAUUAGCGUCACGGCGGAGAGCGUGCGGCAGGAGGCCAGGCUGUUCUGGAUGCUUCGCCACCCCAACAUUAUCGCUCUGCGUGGGGUCUGCCUGAAGGAGCCUAACCUGUGUUUGGUGAUGGAGUACGCCAGAGGGGGCGCUCUUAACCGAGCUUUGGCUGGAAAAAAGGUUCCACCGAGAGUUUUGGUGAACUGGGCUGUGCAGAUUGCAACAGGGAUGAACUACCUGCACAACCAGGCCUUCGUACCAAUCAUCCACAGAGACCUCAAGUCCAGCAAUAUCCUCAUUCUCCAGCCAGUGGAGCGGGCCGAGCUGAGUGGGAAAACCCUAAAGAUCACAGACUUCGGUUUGGCUAGAGAGUGGCACCAGACCACCAAGAUGAGUGCAGCGGGGACGUACGCCUGGAUGGCCCCAGAGGUCAUCAAGCAGUCUCUCUUCUCCAAGAGCAGCGACGUGUGGAGUUUCGGUGUGCUCCUCUGGGAGCUGCUGACCGGAGAAGUUCCUUACCGGGAGAUAGAUGCCCUGGCGGUAGCUUAUGGUGUUGCCAUGAACAAGCUGACCCUUCCAAUCCCGUCAACCUGCCCCGAACCUUUCGCUCAAUUGCUGGGAGAGUGCUGGAACCCCAACCCUCGCGGCCGGCCUUCGUUCACCAACAUCCUGAGGCGGCUGCAGGCCAUCGAGCAGUCGUCCAUGUUUCAGAUGCCUCUGGAGUCGUUUCACUCCUUACAGGAAGACUGGAGGCUGGAGAUCCAGCAGAUGUUUGAUGAGCUCAGAGCCAAAGAGAAGGAGCUGAGGUCCUGGGAGGAGGCGCUGGCCCGGGCAGCAGAGGAGCAGAGGGAGCAGGAGGAGCAGCUGAGGAGGAGGGAGCAGGAGCUGACGGAGAGGGAGUUUGACAUCGUGGAGAGGGAGCUGAACAUCCUGAUCCAUCAGAUGUACCAGGAGAAGCCCAGUGUGAAGAAGAGGAAGGGCCACUUCAAGAAGAGCCGGCUGCUGAAGCUGGGCAGGGACGGAAACAGCAUCAGUCUGCCCUCUGGCUUUGAGCAUAAGAUCACAGUGCAGGCGUCUCCCGGUGUGGACAAGAGGAAGAACCAGGGGAGCGAGAGCACCACCCCUCCUGCCAGUCCGGGCGUCAUUCCCCGCCUGCGAGCCAUCAGACUGACGCCGAGCGACGGCAGCAAGACGUGGGGCCGCAGCGCCGUGUGUAAGAAGGAAGACCACGCGGCCGGUAAGAAGAAUGUGCGCACCUGGGGCCCAAGCUCGACACACCAGAGAGAGCGGGUCGGCGGCGAGGAAAAACUGAAAUCACUCGGUGAAGGAUGCAAAAUUUAUUCAUCGAGUGCACCGAAUCUGGGCAAGUCUCCCAAACACGCACCCAUGAGCGCCGGUUUCUCCAGCCUGAACGAAAUGGAGGAGUGCUCCGAGCUCGAGGAGUCGCCGGGGUCUUUGCUGCCCUCGGACGCCAGCGUGAACGGGGCCGCGGAGGACUCGGGGCUCCUGUGGAGCAGCUUGAGGCCGAACGCGGCGCCUGCUGUUGGAGGCAGCAGCUCCAGUCUGGCGUCCGGAGGCCUGUGGAUGGGCGUGAGCCACCAGGACUCGCUUCGCCGCUGCAGCCAGAGGAAGAAGAGCGACACGUUGCUGCUGGGCUGUGCCUCUCUGUUGGCGGCUGUCGGACUGGGGCAAGACCUGCUGCAGCUGGGGAAACAACAGGUGCAUCAGGAUGAGCAGGACCUCCGAGAGGAGCAGCGAAAGAAGAAGGAGGGUCUCUUCCAGCGGACGGGUCGUUUCCGUCGCAGCACCUCCCCCCCCAGCAGAAACCUCUCCCUGUCUCUCUCCAGACAUCCGGACUCGGCGCUCGCCUGCAUGGACCUGUCUCCUUCUGUAACUCUCCUCUCUUUGUCCUCUUUGUCUGACUGCAACUCCACCAAGUCCCUGAUCCCCUCAGACUCGGACGAGUUCCCCCCGACCCCGAUGAGCGGGGUCAAAACGCUGGCGGCUCCUCCGGCUCCUGCAGCUCCUGCUCUUAACCCGCUCCUGGACCUGCGGGCCGAGAGCUUCAAGAAGGAGCCCAACCAGUCGCUGACACCCACCCACGUGUCUGCGACCAUGGCUCUGAACCGAGGACACAGACGCACCCCUUCGGACGGGGCCAUACGACCUCGAGCUCAGACCCUGGGACACCGCAGGACUCCAUCAGACGGGAGCAUGCCCAUGCCUCCCCCACCGGGAGGACCCCACAUCACGGCAAGCAAAGGAACGUCCGAUACCCUGGACGUACCUCGCCUCCCGAACCCCUCCACCAUCUACCCACCAUCAGUCCCCCAUCGCCGUAAAGCUCCCGCCCCCCCGAUACCUGACCCGGAUCCUAAUUGCCUCAUUAGCCCCCCGGAGCGACCCAAGACUCUGGAGUUCGCACCCCGUCCGCGGCCCACGCCGGUCCGGGUAAGACCCUGGAAGCUGGGUUCUCUGUCCCAGACCCUGAGCUCCUCGCCGGGCAGCAGCUGCGACAGCCCCCUCGGUUCUGGGGACAGCAGCUCCAGCGCAGUGCGGCCCAACCUCAUGGACAUGGAUGUAGAGGGCCAGAAUUUGGACCACACGGUCCCUCUGUGUGGAGAACACUUUUUAUUGUGAAAAACAUUUAAACAAAAGUUUUAUGGAUUCUGGCUCGUUCCAGGGCAUGAAAACCUCCUGAUGUCUGAGCCGAGAAAAGUGCACUCAAGGAAAAAUCGCUAAAACAUCCCCUCCUCGUCACGUUGUAGGCUAGGCCUAAACCCAAAACCCCGUACGGCAGUCCUGGUUAUCUAUCUGCAUGACGCUGAGAGUCAAAGAGGCCUUUUGAAAGCCUUGACGUGAGCUCACCCACCUUCAGUCUUCACCUCUGUAGAGGCUCUCUCCCCCUGCUGCUCACGAUGGGUGGCAUGUAUUUAAAAAGCCAUUAAAAACACCUAAACUAGACUUUGCUAGCUGUUGUCU